AUGGAUCCUUUUAGUCAUCCUUGUAGCUUUCAAAACCUCUUAAACUCACAACAACCCAACACCUCCUUCUCCUUUGCCAGUCAUGAACCUUCAAUUGAACUCUCUGCCUCCGAUGCAUCUGUAUUUGGUACACAAUCCCCUGAAGAUGCCACCGAAGAUGCAGCCUUUGUGUCUGACCAUAAAGAAAGACGGAAAUGGUCACCAGUUGAAGAUGUGGUGCUUAUAAGUGCUUGGCUUAACACGUCGAAAGAUCCGGUGACAGGAAAUGAGCAAAAAGCUAUUGCCUUUUGGAAGCGGAUUGCGGUUUAUUUUGCAUCAAUUCCUAAGCUUGCGGGUUUGCCAAAGCGAGAGCCUAGCAACUGUAAACAGAGGUGGGGGAAGAUUAACAAGGGUGUUUUCAGGUUUGUUGGGUGUUAUGAAGCGGCAACCAAAUAG